UGGUGUUUUUGACAUCUUUAGAGCCCGCUCUUCGUUCCGGUCGAGAUGUUGGGAUUCGUUGGGCAAUGUACUAUCCGGCAUUAUAUAUGUUGCGCCACAGAGCUUCCCAGUGUCUUCCUAGACCUAAUUCUUCGACAUAUAUCAGCUGAUUAACAGUUCCCCAAGUUUCAUGCGAUGUCUACUACACCAAAGAUUGUCUUGGUUCCAGGGGCCUGGAGCACCCCGGCCUUUUACGGCGGACUACACUCUUGCCUCUCAGAAAGGGGAUUAGAAGCCAUUACUGUGCAGCACUCAUCGACAGGUGCUGAACCCCCUACCAAAACUUUGGAGGACGACGUCGCCCAGCUACAUGGAACACUUGAGCGCCUGUGUGACUCAGGAAAUGAUAUUAUUGUCGUUGCCCACUCCUACGGUGGGCUGGUAAGCUCUGGAGCUGUUGAGGGGCUCGAGAAGCCCACACGCCAGAGUCAAGGGAAGAGCGGGGGCGUGUUGAUGAUUGUAUACAUGGUGGCCUUUAUAAUACCCAAGGGUGUUAGUCUUGUCGGAGCUUCCGGGGGACAGUUGAUGCCCUGGAUAAAAGCAGAGGGAAAUUAUGCUUACAACAAAAUCGGCCCCGAAGGCGCCUUCCAUGACCUCUCACCUUCCGAACGCGAUCAGUGGACCGCAGCCCUUACGCAUACCUCCUUGCCGGUCUUUCAUGGUGCGGCCUCUCACGAGCCCUGGAAGGUCAUCCCAACUGCAUAUAUUCUUGGGGAAGAGGAUCAAAUGCUCCCAGUGGGCAUUCAGGAGCAUAUGGUUGGGAUUUUAGGAACGUCGCAGACUUAUCGUCUGAAGACGUCGCAUCACCCUUUCCUGAGCAGGCCCGAAGAUGUUGCAGAUAUACUCGCCGGACUAUGGUCCAAACUGUGAUAUGAAUUCCAAGCUAG